AUGUCUCAAACACCAAAUUAUACUGCAAACAAUAAUGGUGGAGCUCAGGGCCAAGGACGUCCGAUGGGAGCUUGGCAGCCUUCUGCACCAACGUCUUUGCAAAUGUCUCAGCAGCAAGGUCAGCAGCAGCAGCAACCGCAGCAGCAAUACUCACAGCAGCAACAUCAGCAGCAUAUGCAACAACAACGUCCUGGACCUUAUGGUGUUCCUCCUCAAGCAAUGCCUUACGGAUAUCACCCGUAUUAUGCUCAGCAAGCAGCGCCUCCAGCUGGUCCACAGCGAGUAGGUGGUUGGAAUCCAACGUAUGGCGGCCAACCCAUGUAUCAUCAGGCUCCUCCUCCCAACAUGUAUUAUGCACAACAACAACAACAACAGCAGUCUACACAGCAGCAGCAAAAUUCUCGUCAACCACAACAGGCCGUCCCAAAUCAAUCACAACUUCCACCACAGCAACUUAGUCGCCAAGUGCCAGCGCCAAGACCUAAGAAAGCCUUGGUGAUUACGGAUAAGGAUGGUAAUCCAAUUGACCUUUCAGGGGUGAAGAAAUCUGGCUCCAAAGCUACAACCGAGACGAAAGAAAAAGUGGAAGCUCCCAAAGCAUCAGCGGCAACUACUACUGCCAAGGCUGCUACUGCUAAAGAUUCUGGUAUGGAUGCUGGAGCCAAGAUGCGUCAGCUAGCAAUGGAACGGAUUCAGGGCAAGUCGGCGGACAAAAAGGAGGAAAAGAAAGAAGCUGCACCUGCUGCUGAAGCACCCAAGGUUAAGGAAGCUGAUGCCCCUGCACCAAAGAAGGAACCAGCUCCUGCUGAACCAAAGAAGCAAUCAGCUCCUCCUGGACUAACGAAAGAAGCCGCUAAUGUGCCAAAGAAGGUACCUGUUCCCGAGCCAAAGAAGGAGACUGCUCCUGAAAAGCCAGCCGAACAACCACCAAAGCGUAAGAUUGGCGGCAGUUUGGCCAGCAUGCUAGCUAAGCAGGAGGAAGUAAAGAAGGAAGAAGAAGAGAUAAAAGAGGAAGUGACGGAGAAGGAACAACAAGGCGAAACCAACCUUAAGAUCAAUGCUGAAGGAAAGAAGCGACACGUUUAUUCCAAGGAAGAAAUGACACGACUCAAGUCAUUGCCUGUGUGCAUUGUGCGACCUGACGAUUUACCAGAGCUUGAAAUCACCAAGGGACCUUCCCGAACUGAUGGAGGCCGCGGAGGUGGUGGCGGCGGUGGUGGCGGCGGCGGCGGUGGCAGAAACCGAGGAGGAGAUGAUGGUGGUGGUGGACGCAGCAGCUGGCAACGUGGUGCUGCACCACCACCACGAAGACAAUCGACCGAAACUCCUAGUGGGGGUGGUGGUGGCGGCGGCGGCGGCGGUGGCCAAUGGGCUCGUGGAGUAGCUCCCCCACCGAGACCAAAAAAUACUGGUAAGGGCGGCAAGGGUGGUCAUCAAGACGACACUUUUUUCGAUGGCCCAGUUGCACCUCUGCAAAAGUCAAAGAAUGGAUGGAAACCAAAGAAGGAUUCCGCGCCAUCAGCUGUUGCUGAAAAGAAGGUCAAAUCGAUUCUGAAUAAGAUGACAAAGGAGAAGUUUAACCGAUUGGCUACGCAAAUGCUUGAGAUUCCCAUUGUAAAUCAUGAAAUCUUGACCAUGAUGAUUCACAAUGUUUACGAAAAGGCUAUCGAUGAACCAUCCUUUGGUGACAUGUAUGGAGAUCUGUGUGUGAAAUUGUCCCAGCUGAAGAGUUCUUCGUAUAUUCAAAUUAUUGAAUCCGACGAAGAACCGCCAACCGAAGAUGGCGAAGCUGGCGGCGGCCAAGGAGAAUCGUCGGCCCAUUCUGUCUAUCGCUGGUCGAACGAUGUGAACGCAAACGACUCCGAAAUUGUUGGCCCGUUUGGUUCAGCAGAGGAAUGCUUGGAAGUGGCACUCCAGGACGAGGAGCAAGAGCGAACGGAACGUGGUGAAAUGGAACUUGUCCUUCACAAGCUGCUAAUCAAGAAGGGAAUUUUUAUCAAGAUCUUGAAGAAAAAGGUUCCCGAAGAAGAGGAAGAGAAGGAAACAGAAUUCUACACUGUGUACUUCCCAGUUGCUGAUGCCGCGGAGGUUGGCCAACAAAUGUCCAAGAUCUUCCUCAGCGAACCGGAAUGUAUUUCAGACUCAACUAAGCAAAACUCAUUCAAGAGAUCGCUAUUGAACAAGUGCGAGGAUGAAUUUAACAAACAAGAUAUCUACGUGGACUGGAAGAAGGAAAAGAAAGAGUACGAAGAAGCAAAGGGAUCAAUGACCGCAGCAGAGCGUGCUGAGAAGGAAGAAGAGUUGGAGUUCAGAAGAAUCAAGAUCAAGAAGCAAAUGCUGGGAAAUGUCAAAUUCAUUGGUCAGCUGUACAAGAAAUCUUUAUUGAAGGAGAAGAUCAUGCGAUUCUGCAUUGCAUCGCUGUUGAAGUUGGAAUGCGUCGACGGCUCCGGAAAGUUGCCAGUUUACAAGGAUUCCGGUGACGAAGAUAUGGACGAAGAAGAUCAUGAAGGCAUCUGCAAUAUGUUUUCCACCAUUGGAUCGACUAUAGACAGACAGCAUGCUGCUGAUUUCAUCACCGUGUGCUUUGACAAGAUUGUGAAACUCAGUAAAGAAAAGAAUUUGCCAUCACGAUCCAGAUUCAUGUACAAGGAUUUGAUUGAUUUGAGGGCCAACCGAUGGGUGCCCAGGCGAAAGGUGGAGAAAGCAAAGACAUUGGAGGAGAUUCGUAAGGAUGUCGAACGUGAAGAAAAGCUCCAAGCGCAACAAUCGGCACAAAAUAACUACCGUGGUGGUGGUGGUGGUCGUAACAGCAACUAUGGAGGAAAGCCCAACAACGAUCGAUCCCGCAACUCCUUUGGUGGUUCGAACAAUCGAAGACAAUCCAAACCCACUACACAGACUGACGACGAUGGAUUUACAACCAUUAGUGGCACAGGUCUCAAGUCACGUCCAUCUUCUUCCCAACGAUCCUCCCCACAAAAGGGUUCUAACACCACCACCACCAGCAGUGCCCGGAAGAGUAAUAGUACCUACGCAGCAUUGGCCGAGGAGCCAACGCCCACCAAGAAGCAGGUCCCAGAAUCACUCAGUUCCGAAAAGCUCGAGCGACGAGUCAAGUCCAUCCGCAGCGAGUACAUUCAAGAUCCAUCGAAUCUUUCCGAGCUGUUGCUUUCUGUGGACGAGCUUAGUGGAACUCCUGAUUACGGAACGAAAUUUGUGCAAUUGAACUCGGACCGCAUCAUUGACUGCAAAGAUGACGAACGUGCCGCCAUCUACAACAUGCUUUCCACAUUGGUGGAAAAGAAGAAGUUAUCUUCCAGUGACGUCAAGGGUGGAAUGGUCGAUUUGAUCGAGUUCAUUGACAGUUAUGUCUGCGACGCACCCAAGGCCUUUGAUUACCUUGGCGAUUUAAUGACCGCCAUGUACAAUGUCAAGGCAAUUGAUGUAGCCUGGAUGUGUGAACAGGCCAAGAAGACUGAGAUUUCGAGCAAGGAUAACCCAGAAAAGAUCAUUCGAGCUCUUGCCGGCGCUAUGACCGCAAAGAACGGCAAGGAUGGUGUUAAGACUGCUCUCUCGGACCCCUCGGUUGCCAGUCUUCUUGGAAACCGAUGGGAGGGAGUCCGUGCAGAUAUCAUGUAG